UCGCGUGGUCGCGGCGGGCCCUUCUCGGCCUUGUGGCGUUCCGGUCCCCGGCCCCUACGGGCCUUGCUCUUUUGCCCCAAUAGUUGGUAGUUUUAGUGGGAGCAGUUCGGCCUUACCUCCGACGUCGUCUCCGGUGUCUCAGGACUCCAUCGCGGCCGCGGUAUCCCUUUUCCAGAUGUGGGCAUCUUCUUUGUCGGGGUCUCCGGGUGCGUCCCACGUGGUCCUUGGUCCUCCGGCGGUGGUUGCGCAGGCUCCCGCGUCGACUGUUCCUCCAUCGGCGGCGACUUCCGGUUUGCGGUCCUCCGAGGGCGGGACUUCCGGUGACGUCAUUUCCGAUGACGUCACUGCCGGUCCCGCCAUUUGUCAGCGGUCAUCGAAACGGAGCAGGUCGAGUUCCCCGCGCGGCGUCCAAGGUAAGAGAGGAGUGCCGCGGGGGGGAACUUAUGCUCCGGGGGGCAAUUCUGCUGAUGCAAUGGGGUCUACAGGGGCAGCACUUGUGGGGGUUGAUCUUCACGAGGGGGCUAAUGGUGAAUCAAUGGAGGAAUUACCUCAGGGGGGGCAUUUCUCUGGCCAAAUGAACCCGGGGGUCCCUGUUGGAGGCCCCCGUGGGCAGGUUGCAAAGGGUAUUACGGCCCGGCAAAGGGCAAAGGCCCCGUCGGGCAGUAAUCCUCGUCAAGGGGCAAAGGCCCCAUUGGGCAAUUAUAAAGGUGUCGCAGCACCUAUUGGGCACGCUAGGAGUAUGCCUAAGAGCGCUGGCAGUAAUAGUGAGGUUUCUUUGGGCAAAGGCGGCGCCCGUGCAGGCGGCGCUUUUGGCGCGCAAAUUAGUGGGAGUGUAGGGGCUAGGCCUCAGGCUCCGGGCGCAUCCCCGGCAGCAGCGAGGAAGGUAGUAACUAGGUCUUCUACCAAACAUGGUUCACCAGAACAGUUUCAGAGUUUAGAUUUAGCGGUUGCAUCCACUAGACGUAAGAAAGCCACCCCUAUCACUCAGAAGUCAGUACAUUUUAGUGAAGAGAUAGAGGACUUUACAGAAGAUGAGCAGGGUGUGUAUGAUGAUGUUGCAAGUGGCGAAGACAACCAUGAUGUGUGUGAGGGGAUGCAUGAACGGUCUGGGCACAGGGGGAGGGGUAGAGCAGACCUUCCCCUUCGUGGUACUCCUCUCUGGCAAUCUCUUUUGCAGGAAAGCGACAUGGCUACGUCAGGAGAUUCAGGCAGCGGGUUGGAGAGAGGUGCUGAGAGCGGCCAGGACUCCAUGGUGUCAGAGGAUGAGCGUCCUUCUACUUCGGGAGUCGUGGCGAUUCCAAACAGGACUGGUGUGAGAGAUGGGCCUAGAAGUGGGCCACUUCGUGCCUGGAUCGUUGGGCACUCGUUCGUACACUGGGCGGCUAUCCGAGCGGCAUCGCAACCUGGAGGGCAGCAGCUUGGGUUCUCAUUCUCCAGGGUGGUAGUUAGGUGGUUAGGGAGGAGAGGCCUUUGCUGGGCAGAUCUGCCUGGGUUACUGCAAUCCGCCAUGAGGCGGUGGGAGAAACCCCAUGUGCUGAUCAUCCACUUAGGUGGGAAUGAUCUCGGCUCAAUUCCCGGCCGGGACUUGAGCGCAGUGAUCCAAUCAGAUCUGCGCACCUUUAAAGCUUGGUUGCCUGGUGUGAGAAUGGGUUGGUCAAACAUUAUACCGAGGUUGACGUGGAGACACAUGGCCAAUCAUAGGGCAGCGUUCCAAGUUCGCAAGAAGCUCAAUAGAGAUGUUAGGAAGCUUAUGUGCGAGCUAGGUGGUUUUGUUGUGGAACACAAGUUCAUUACGGCCGCUGACCGUAGCCUGUACCGAGGCGACGGGGUCCAUCUUACGGACCAUGGCAUGGACCUGUUUAUUGAAGAUAUACGUCAGUCCCUACUCCUAUUUGUGUGAGUUGGGUGGCGGCGAGAGUGGCCCUUGAUAUUCGGGCGAUCUCGUGGCGGGUGGACAGU